AUGGUAGCAAAAUGACUUUCCGAAAACUUAAUCAGUGAACCCAUCAAAAAUUGUUGGAGUGGCGUAAAAUGUGCAUUUGAUUGUAUACCGAUCACACGGUGUUAUUAACACUGAUGACGCAGCGCACAAGAACAGUUCGGGCAAAAUGACGGAAUACUACACGAUUAAAAAUGAAAUGGCAGCGAGAGCCGCACUUAUCGUGAGGGCAUGUGAUGAACUUUUGAAACUGACGAAUGAUCUGAAAGAAUUCCUCAUUCUCCACGACUUCAACUUCCUCACCCACGCCAUCAAAUCUCCUUUUCCAUGCUUCCUUUUCUUCUUCGCUUCCUAGUCACCCGGGCAGUGAACCCUUCUGUUUUACAACUUUUAGAGACCUUAUAUGACGUAAUCUGA